AUGCGGCAAGCGGCGAUGAUGCCGCUCACUGCUUUCGUGGUUGCUGGACUUUCUCUCUCUGCUGGAAUCUGUCAGGCGUCACAGGAGUACGAGAAUAACGUGGAGCUGCUGCAGCGCAAGCUGACGCUGCAGAAAUUUAAGCCUCACGUGCUGCUCUUUGUCGCCGACGAUGUGGGCUGGGCGGGUCUCGGAGCCCAUCGAACCGCCGAAAAUUCUGCAGAGGCCCAGGGCAAAGCCGAGACGCAGACCCCAGUUUUGGAUAACCUCAUCCGAGACGGGGUGCUUCUAGAGAGGCACUAUGCCGCUUCAAACUCCGUGCCGUCUAGGUGUUCCCUGAUCAGUGGCCGGUUGCCCCGAGAUUUCCCAGUUGCCCCUAGAGGGAUGUCGAAUCCUGCAACAUAUUGGAAUCCAGAAGACAAUGUCUCUGGCUUCUAUGGCAUUCCACGAAACAUGACAGGCAUCGGCAGCAAGUUAAAGCAAGCAGGCUAUGCCACUCAUUAUGUUGGGAAGUGGGCUGCGGGCCAUGCCACUCCAGAGCAGACUCCCUUUGGGCGAGGCUUUGACUCGUUCCUGGGGUUCGUAGGCAAUGAAAAUGAUUAUUGGACCAAGCAAAGUGAUUUGGAGGAAUUCAUUGCAGAUCCAUGCCUGUACAAGUUCCAGGAUUUUUCUUUUUACAAUGCCACAUACCGUGGUGGUGUUGCUGACACGAUUGCUGCAGAACUUGGCUGCGAAGAACGCGUGAAAGGCAAGUCCUUCGACAAAGAUGGUUGCCACGAAGAGGAUCCCAACGAUUGCUUGCCUGAGAGUUGUUACGAAGAGUCCAUGCUUCUUGAAUAUGCUGCGAGACUCAUCCAGAAUCACGACUCUUCGAAGCCACUGUUCCUUACCUAUGCAUCGCACGAGGUGCACCUGCCACUGGAAAUCACGACUUCAGCCUUGAAGCGGGAAGAGCAGGCCGAUGCGCAGAAGGAAAGAAAGCUUCCUUGGACGAAGGCCCGCAGAGUCAUGGCCGCAAGCUUGGCCUUCAUGGACUCCGCGAUGGGAAGGCUGAUUGAUACUUUGAAAGCGAGGAGCAUGUUUGAAGAUACACUGGUCAUUUUCAUUUCUGACAACGGUGCUAGCCUGCAGUUGACAGCAGGUGGGAACAACUAUCCCUUGAAAUCGGGGAAGUUCUCAGAGUGGGAAGGCGGAGUGCGCACCAAUGCUUUCAUCUCUGGAGGUUUCAUCCCAGCCAGACAUCGCGGCAGCAGUUUCCACGGGGUGAUUCACAUCGCCGACUGGUAUGCAACUCUAUGCAGUUUGGCUGGUGUGAGCCACGUCGAUGAUGUUUCGGCCAAAGCCAAUGAGCUCCUUCGUCUCCAGGGUAGACCACUGCUAGGCGAGGUAGAGGGCCGGCCGCAGCUGCAGAACAUCUUCUCAGGAAUCAAUGGCCGGUUGGAUGUCUUACAUUUGAGCGCAAAUGCAGUAUUGAAGUGGCCUUACAAGCUGGUUACUGGGCAGCAAGGAGACAGCUUCUGGCCUGGCCCAGUCUUCCCAAAUUGCAGCAGUGACGGCCCAGAUGGCGCUUUUGUGGAUGUUUACACACACAUGAUUCCCAUUGACCCACCGGACAGAAACAUGUUAGAGGACUGCGGCAAUGGCUGCCUCUUCGACGUCGAAGUCGACCCGAGCGAGCGCCGGGAUCUCUCCUCCAAUGAAGCCUAUGCCGCGGUCCUGUCAAGCUUGCAAAAAGAGCUGAAGAGUCUCAAUUCGAAGACUUUCGCAGCAGACAUAGGUGAGUCACAUCUAGAAGCUUGCUUGCAAGCUUUCCAGUUGGGCGGCUUCGUGGGCCCUUUUGUAGACGUGGGCGACUUCUACACUGCUCAAGUCCCGGGAGUCGAAGAGCUGGAGACUUACAGACAGGAGCUGAUGGACCUGCACAAGAAUUUGACGGAUCCAGACUUUGUGAAUCGAACUGCGGAAGCCUUGAAAGAACGAGUUUUGAGCCAGAGAAGUACAAUGGGCUCAGAGUGUUUGGAGGAAGGAAGAUUGGACUACUAG